GAACGAGAGGGUUCAAUCGUCACCUUAUACCAUCUCUACUCAUUGCCGUCACCGGUGAGACUUCCUCCUCCUAAUCGACGUUUGAGAUGCAUUCUCGCUCCGCCCUACUCUCCCGAUUCCUCCGUCCGGCGUCGAGAUGCUUCUCCUCUUCCUCUCCGGUCACCGCAACGCAAUCUCCCAAGAGCCUCGAGGCUCUUCGAGCUCGGCUGGCGAAUGAGUCGCCUUCGCUUACCGAUUUCAUCCACGGCGAUACCUAUUCGGUGGAGGUCGGAACCAAGAAGAAGCCUCUCCCGAAACCUAAAUGGAUGAAGGAAUCUAUUCCCGGCGGCGAGAGGUAUGUCCAGAUCAAGAAGAAAUUGAGAGACCUCAAGCUUCACACCGUCUGCGAGGAGGCUAAAUGUCCCAACCUCGGCGAGUGUUGGUCUGGUGGCGAGACUGGAACCGCCACCGCCACGAUCAUGAUCCUCGGGGACACAUGUACACGCGGCUGCAGGUUUUGUAAUGUUAAGACAUCGCGUACGCCUCCACCGCCUGAUCCAAAUGAACCGAACAAUGUGGCUCAAGCAAUUGCAUCCUGGGGAGUUGAUUAUGUUGUGAUCACCAGUGUAGAUCGAGAUGAUUUACCUGAUCAGGGGAGUGGCCAUUUUGCUGAAACAGUGCAGAGAUUGAAAGUCUUGAAGCCGGAGAUGCUGAUUGAAGCACUAGUUCCUGAUUUCCGUGGAGAUGGUGGAUGUGUUGAAAAGGUUUCCAAGUCAGGGCUUGACGUCUUUGCCCACAACAUUGAGACAGUUGAAGAGCUUCAGAGUUUUGUGCGGGAUCAUCGUGCUAACUUUAAGCAGUCGCUGGAUGUGCUUAGGAUGGCUAAGGACCAUGCUCCUGCAGGCACCCUAACAAAAACUUCAGUAAUGCUGGGAUGUGGAGAGACCCCUGAUCAAGUGGUCCAGACUAUGGAGAAGGUGAGAGCAGCAGGGGUUGACGUUAUGACAUUUGGCCAAUAUAUGCGACCGUCUAAGCGGCACAUGCCUGUAGCUGAGUACGUGACACCAGAGGCCUUUGAGAGGUAUCGUCUUCUUGGCAUGGAAAUGGGAUUCAGGUACGUAGCAUCUGGGCCAAUGGUGAGGUCGUCGUACAAAGCAGGAGAGUACUACAUAAAGUCGAUGAUAGACGCUGACCGAGUUGUUUCUCCUUCUACCACAUCCCUUUAGAUACCCACUCAAGAUUACACUAUCUGCAUAUGUGAAUUCUUUCACUUUAUUGCUUUGUAUUUUUAUUUUUUUUCUGCGGGUUUCACAACACUUAUCCGAAGCGUUCUGAAUAAUCAUGAGAAAAUGUAAUACCAUCGUUGUUCAGUCUCCUCCAGUUUGUGUCUAGUUUCUCUCUUUCUCAUACUUCCAUUGUACUCCUGGAAUACUUCUCUGAUAUAUACGACUCUGCUCUGUCAGAGCAUUUUCGUCCA